UCCAACUAUAGGCACGGUUGUGGUAGCACUGUUGAUAUGAUUCUGAUGCGUACAUCAUUCGAAUAAAUUGAAAAGCAAAAUAAGUAAAACAAAAAAUUAAAAGUCUUUGUUAAUGUUUAUAUUUGAUGUGCUUUAAUUAAAUAUUAAUGCAAUUUGAACAUGCUGAAAUUACCAUUAAUAGAAGCUAUGAAGAUCGGAUUUAUAGGCGGCGGCAGGCUUGCGUUUGCUUUGGCGAACGGCUUUAUUUCGGCGGGUCUGGCAAAACCCGACGAAAUCACAGCUAGCUGUCAUCCUUCUGAUGUUGCCAGCGCCAAAGCUUUUCAGGGCUUGGGAGCUACAGCGUUAUUCGAAAAUAUAUCCGUGGUGGAGAGGUCUGAAGUGGUGAUAGUAUCUGUCAAGCCUGAUGUCGUGGUACCCGCUCUUAAAGAGAUAAAAAACCUGCCCUCGGCAAAGAAUAAGCUCUUCAUUUCCGUUGCCAUGGGAAUUACUAUCGCUACAGUCGAAUCGAAUUUGCCUUCUGAGGCUCGCGUGAUUCGUGUAAUGCCAAACACUCCGGCGUUAGUGAAAGAAGGCGCAGCUGCCUUUAGUCGCGGUACUAAAGCCACAGCGGAAGACGCACAACUGACGUCACAGCUCUUCAAGGCGGUGGGUACCUGCGACGAGGUACCAGAGUACCAAAUGGACGCUAUAACCGCCCUUAGUGGAAGUGGACCCGCUUAUGUUUACAUGCUAAUAGAAUCUCUAGCUGAUGGUGGAGUUCGUUGUGGCUUACCUCGCGACCUCGCACUUCGUUUGGCCGCCCAAACCACCCUGGGUUCCGCAGCCAUGGUCAAAACUGGUGAUCAUCCAGCCAUGUUGAAAGACAAUGUCACCAGUCCCGCAGGGUCUACCGCUGAGGGAACAUAUCACUUGGAGAAAAACGGUUUCCGUUCUGCCAUAAUCGGUGCAGUGUCUGCGGCAGUAGAUAGAUGUAAGAUUGUAAAAAAACAAUUGAACGAUUAGACCGCAUAAUUAUCUA